GUACUUUCAAUUUCCCGAUUCCGACCAGCGAUAGGCUGAUAGCUCCCAAAUCGUCACUCCCUCUGCUUCCGGCCGUACCAGCCUCCUUCUUCUAACCGCCGGUGGCCCCAUUUUUCUCCAUGCCAAUAGUCAGUUGUUGGCAGUGACGCUUCCUGUGCUCCUCCGGUCGCAGUCGUUGCUCUCUCUCUGCGUUCCUCCCCGACUAGUUAAUUACAAUUUCGGAAACUGGAGAAAGGGUUGCUUAGAAGAUACUUCUAUCUUAUUUGUUGAAGCUUAGCUAUGAGUAACUAGUAGGUGAAAUCUGAAAGGGGAAGCAAUAAGCAUCUACUAGUGCAUCUAUUAGGGUUCUCCGUUCAAGGAUCAAACAUUCAGGCGCCAUUCCAAUUGGUUACCGCAUUCUGGGUUGACCAAUGGCGGAUUCAAUUAGCAGAACAAUACGAGAUGGGGCUUUAGAAGGAGAGCAUGCGCCAUCUCUUACCAUCAAAGAUACAACAGCUUCACCGUAUGGAUUCGACGUUUUCACUCAUGUGCUCUCUCAAGCCUCCUCCCUCAUUUUAGCCGGAAAAUCACAGUCACGAGGAUUGGUGGUGGUUGCAUAUUCGCGGAGUCCCUCGUUCUACCUGGAUUUCUUGAAAAGAAGUGGAGUUGAUGUUGCUUCUUCUCAGAAAUGGAUUCAUAUUUUGGACUGUUAUACGGACCCUCUUGGCUGGAAGCAUCAGUUAGCGGACUCGGGGAUUUUGCCAAGCAAUUCUUCAGCCGGCGCUUGUUUGUUCCAGGAUGUGAAGGAUAUCAACAAGUUGCAGUCUUUGAUUCUUGAAUUGGGUUCAGGAUUGGUUGGUCAAGGCAAAGUUCGUUUUUCUGUUGCCAUUGAUUCGGUAACUGAAAUGCUGAGGCAUGUACCUCUUUCUAAAGUAGCAGCGCUGAUCAGUGACCUACGUAGUCAUGAUCAAAUCUCUAGCAUAUUUUGGUUGCUGCAUUCAGAUAUUCAUGACGUUAGGGUGACUACUUCCCUUGAAUAUCUGUCCGCUAUGGUAGCCAGUGUAGAGUCACUUAACCAAUCUUCUGAUGGGCUUAGUGGAGACUUGGGGAAUUUAUCCCUUUUGGAACAAAAUUUCAGGAGAGGAAAGUUUCAUGUCCGGUUCAAACGUCGAAAUGGUCGUGUUCGUGUGAUGAACGAACAAUUUCAUAUGGAGGAGUCGGGGAUCAAGUUUACUUCUGUUACUGUAGAGGAUGGAUUAGUCAGUCAAGGGCUUGUGCCAAAGGUGCUAUUCAAUCUGGAGCUGUCGGAGAAGGAGAAGCUCGAGAGAGCCAGAGUUGUCCUUCCUUUUGAGCACCAAGGAAAUGGUAAACAUAUCCAAAUUUAUGAUGGCCGGAGAUCUCUUGCACCUGAAAGCAUGGGUGAGGUGUCAGCUGACACAUCACAAAGCAAUACGGAAGAAUGCAGUAAUGGUGGUGGUGAGAUAAUAUACUUUCGGGAUUCAGAUGAUGAGAGGCCUGAUUCUGACGAGGACCCUGAUGACGAUCUUGAUAUAUAAUAUUUUUAUGAAAUGAACUGAUUGCUUCCCCCCAUGCUUUGUAUGGACAAGUCCAUCUUGAUAUCUAAUUACAAUGGCUAACAAAGAACUGCAGAAAGAAAUCUGAGUUUGUAUAGUGAAGGAUAUGCUGUGAACUUGUGUCUUUUGGUAGAAGAGAAUGGAGAGGUUGUUGGUUCAUGCUAUUGAAAUGGCUGGAUGAGUUUUGAUUGGAAAAUGAUGCGCGAGACCUCCGGGUGUAAAUUCGAGAUAAUCUCCCUGUUUGAGGUGAUAAAGAUUGCAGUAAUUCACUAAUUUGAGACAACAUGCAAGCUGGCAUUAUAUUAGGCACCAAAGUGCAGUGCAAUUGAGCAGCCAAGUCAGUAACUUAUCUACAUCUUGAUUGUAUUGUAUCUUAUUCUUCAUAUGUUUUGCCAGCUCUUUCCGUGAAACAGAAUUCCCGGCAAGCUUCAAUCAUCUAUUAUUUUAUAUAUAU